AUGCCCGCCAAAGUACAGUCCCUCUACCCCCUGGACACCGAACUCGCCGACAACGAGUCUGGUUAUGGCAGCGCCUCGUCUAGCGAGGCCAGCCUGCCUGAAAUCGUCUUUACCAAACCUCAUCUGCAGUUCCUCAACCGGCAAUUGCAGUUUCUCGAGCCUCAGGAUGUCUUGAGAUGGUGCAUCACCAGUCUUCCCAACCUGUUCCAGACCACCGCCUUUGGUCUGACCGGGCUGGUCAUUGCCGACAUGCUGUCGAAGUUGAAUGUGCCCCGCCCGCAGGUGGUCGACAUCGUCUUCUUCGACACACUCCACCACUUUCAAGAGACUCUUGAUCUUGUAGAGCGUGUCCGCCAGCGCUACCCCCACAUAAACAUUCACUCAUACAAGCCGGCUGGUGUCGAGACCGAAGCCGAGUUUGCCCAAAAGUAUGGCGAGCGCCUGUGGGAGACUGACGACGAGCGCUACGACUGGGUGGCCAAGGUCGAGCCGGCCCAGCGUGCCUACCGUGAGCUCAAAGUCGAUGCUGUCCUAACCGGCCGUCGCCGCAGCCAGGGCGGCAAGCGUGGCGAGCUCGAUGUCAUCGAGAUCGACGAGGCCGGGCUUAUCAAGAUCAACCCGCUGGCCAACUGGACCUUUGAGAAGGUCCACCAGUAUAUCACGGACAACGAGGUGCCGUACAACCAGCUCCUGGACCAAGGCUACAAGAGCGUUGGCGACUACCACUCGACCAAGCCCGUCAAGGAGAACGAGGACGAGCGGGCUGGUCGCUGGCAGGGCCAGGUCAAGACCGAGUGUGGCAUCCACAACCCGCGCUCCAAGUACGCCCAGUUCCUGAUGGAGAUGGAGCGCAAGCGCCAGGAAGAAGCCCUCGUGCAGGCAUUCCAGAAUGCCAAUUUGGAGACCGGAGUGGAAUCACACUAG